GCCGCCACUACCUAUCCUCCGCCAUGCUCUGAUCACCGCUCCCCCCGCUGUCAAGUGCAUGUCACAGAAGCGCUCAGGAAAGAACGUUGUGAGACCUGCUACGCUUACAGAACAACAGCGCACAAGGGUGUUCAUGUUGUAUUACCUGCCAGUAAAAACAAAGAGUGGGAAGAAAGUGGAGGGGCGUUUAGCCUGAGAGAUUAUUGGUGUUGUUAACGGAGAUAACAAGGCUAUUACUGACAAAGAGUUAGCACACAAAUAGGCCAUGGUCGAUAGUCUAUUUAUGCCAGAUAUCACUGGUAUACAUAAUCUGCGUGUCCAUAAUGCGCUGGCCUUCAUAUCUCUGCCUCCCAUGACAGGUUCUUCCAACCCGACAGAUGAAAGUCCGCACCCGUCCGGUCUUCUUGCAUAUGACGCACUCCCGAAUUAUCAGGACUUUGACUCAAUAACAUCUGAUACGAAGUUCACUGCUGAUACUAGAACCGAUUUCUACGAUCGCAGUCUAACAACGCGGGGAUAUGCCCUUGUCGGAGUGGCAUGCUUGAGUAUCAUCAGCUGCUCAUGCAUCGCUGCAGGCAUUGUCAUGCUAGCCAAACGUGGAGUCUAUGCUGUAGCCGUGUCCAACCUG